CAUAUGUUUUCUCUUUAAUAGUUUGCUACCUUGUGUUUAUUUCUGAAUCAUUCCAAGGAAUUGAAAUUUCUGAAUUUUAUAAAUUAAAGAAUUAUAUCUUUCUACAAAAAAAAUGGGUGAAACAACAGGUCUGACUAAUUCUGAAGCUGAGGAAUUAUGCAAAAAAUCCCCCGAUUCCUCUACGAAGGACUUUAUUUUUCAACAAACAAUGUAUCGCAUUAAAGAUCCUCGAAAAUCAUUACCUUUCUAUACCGGGGUUUUGGGUAUGACCUUAUUGCAGAAAUUAGAUUUUACCGAAGCAAAAUUUUCUUUAUACUUUAUGGGUUAUGAGAACUCCUCUGACGUGCCAAAUGAUUCCAGCGAGCGGACAAAAUGGGCUAUGAGCCGCAAAGCCACCAUUGAAUUAACGCACAACUGGGGCACUGAAAGCGAUCCCAGUCAAAAAUAUCACACCGGUAAUACGGAUCCUCGAGGUUUUGGGCAUAUUGGUAUUAUGGUGCCAGAUGUUUAUGCAGCUUGCAAAAGGUUUGAAAAUUUAGGUGUCGACUUUGUCAAAAAGCCUGACGAUGGUCGCAUGAAGGGCUUGGCAUUUAUCAAAGAUCCU